CCCCGGGCGAGCACGUGUAUCAGCCCCCCUUUUCCGACGAGCGCGCGCCCCUCAAUGCCACGGGCCUCCUUUUUGACACUCACUCGCCUACUCCAGACACACACACGCGUACGCUCUCUCUCUUUCCCGCCUGUUGCCUGUCUGUCACCAACGCGGAGGACAAACCAGGCAUUUGUUAUUUCAAAUGUAGAGAGAGAGAAGAGAUCGAACUGUAGUAUAUAUAUAUCGUUAGUGGUUUUGUGUGUGUUUUACUUUUUUUUCUCUCUCUCGACGCUGAGAUCUCAAAGUUCGACGGAGAAAGAAUCUCGUAAGACGAACGCCGUUGUGGAAGAUACGUACAGAUUGAAGGCAACCCCGAUGUUGGCGACCAUGUCUCUCUCGGAACCCACAGUGACGUCAUCAAGUGGGCGGGAGGAGGCGGGGCUGAAGGUGCACGUGGGGGGGACUGCACCCGCGAAGAUGGGCGGAGUCGCGGACUUGGCCACGCCCACCAGCCUGCCGGGGUUAGGCCCGCCCCACAGCCUGCAGGUCUCGAGGUCUGUGCGCUCAGGCACGCCCGCCGCCGACCUGCCCGCCCUCGCCUCCGACCUCAUCUCCCCCGACCACCUCUCGCCCCCCGUAUUUUCUCCGGCGACGCCCUCUAGCGCCCCCGUCUACUCGCCGAUCUCCCCCGCGGGCUGCAGGGGCGAGAGCAACUUCUUCUUCCCUUGCAGCAGCGUCCACGGGGGCUUCCCCAGCACCUCCACCCUCUCCGACAUCAGCAGGGAGUCGCCCGAGAGCCAGAGCAUCAAGCGGGACCUCCUCGGCUCUCGACACCGCGACUCGAGGUACAACUCCGUCGCCGAGUCGGAGGUCGGCUCCGUGUCGGACACCACGGAGGGGGAGCACUCGCCCACGCAGCAGUUAUACUCCCCGGAGCUGGAAGGUGACAGGUACAGCGGGGGUCGUAGUCAGCCCCUGGAGAUGUUCAGCAUGGAUUUCCAUUACGAGAGUGCAAACGGGAUGUACAGCGGGCGAGGGGCCAUGUACACCCCUACUGUACAAGAUGUGCCAUCUACGCCCACCAAUAUGUGGCCACAACAAGUGGACUACGGCGUGCAGGAUCUGGGCGCCAUCAAGAACACGCCCACGACCCCGCCCAUCAGCUUCACGCCCAGGGUCUACCCAAGUACCCAGGUGACACAGCGGCAGGCGUGCCCACUGCCGGCCAAUUCCACAAUCCCUUCGCUCAAUCAGUUACCAAGUGGCAGUAUGUCGCUGAGUCGCCCCGCCCUCGGUUACAGCGGCUAUGACAUGUCGGGCUCGUGGGCCGCCGACGCCUACGGCACAUACGGGUCCCAGCACGUACGCAGCGCCAUCUCUGCGGUCAAAGUAGAUCCUGGUUUUUACGACGGGAGGGAGUGCCGCGAGUGUGCCAACUGCGGUGCCUCCCGGACCCCCCUGUGGCGGAGGGAUGCGAAGACCGGCCACUACCUGUGCAAUGCCUGCGCCCUCUACACCCGCACCAACGGCAUCAACCGGCCCAUGACCAAGAUGCCUGCCCGGAGGCAUUCUGGCAACAGGAGGCUUGGACAAGUCUGCACUAACUGCCACACAACCGUCACCUCCCUUUGGCGUCGUAAUAGUAACGGUGACCCAGUGUGUAACGCCUGCGGUCUCUACUACAAACUGCACAACAUCAAUCGCCCACUUACCAUGAAGAAAGAGAGCAUUCAGACUCGGAAACGAAAACCCAAGAAGUCGAGUGAUAGCAAGAGCUCCUCAACCUCGUCCUCGAUACCUUCUUCAGCUACUUCUUCAGGCACGAGCACUCUGACCACGUCCUCCGCCAGCACCGCCACGACCACGGCCUCGGCCUCGAAGUACCAGCCUUCUUCGGUGUCGACAGUGAAGACGGAGCCCUCGAGCGCUUCCUACACGAUGUACGGGACCUCGACCUACGGGUCCCAGAGCACCUCCCCGACAGGAACCUCCUCCACCCACCUGCUCCCUUCGCUCCUCCCUCCGUACUCCUUCCCUAGCCUGAAGCCCGCCCCGGCCUCCACCCUCCAGUACGGGGUCAAGGACGAGCCCUCUUCCCCGGGGACUGGAGGCACAGCAGGAGACAUCGGAGCCGGUGCAGGGAGUCUCCACCACGCCCACGCCGCCCAUUCCGUGGCGCACGGGGCCGCCCACGUGUCGUCCAACGGGCUGGCGACGUCCCCUCGCGAUCCCUUGGCUGGGGUCACCGCCUCGUCUGCCAGUCACAUGACCCCAUCGCACCUGCCCGUGUCCACGUCGGCCGGGACCCCACACCUCGGCUCUCCGGGGUCCGUGGCGCCCCAUUACUCCGCCAACAUGAUGCUGCCCCACAUCGUCUCGUCCGCCUGCUUGGGGUCGACCUCGGUGCAGGGUCACUCACCCCCCGUGACUCCCACGACUCCGCACUCGCUGGAACACCUCUCGUGGAAAGCCAAGUGAGAAGAUCCAGGGAGGACGAAUGUAAAAUAGCCAGAGAGAAAAAGAAAAGGAAAAAAAAUGUAAGGAAAAAAAAAGUUGUAUAGGUAUUAAUGUACAUAGGAUUUUUUUUUUUUUUUUUUUUUUAAUGCAAGUCGUGUAUACUCUGUUGAUUACGUGUGUACAGAUUUUUUUUCUUCUAGAUUUAAGGAGCUUUUGUUUUUGUACAUCGUUACGUAGCUUAAGAUGGUUCUAGGCACACCAAAGAUAGAAGGUAGUUCAAGUGUGCCAAAGAUACUAGGUUUAGCAGGGGAGCGUCGAGGGUCUGAGUGCCAGAGGGUCAUGGAGACGCCAGAAGCACUUCAACCCCGGGACGAUCCUCAUGGACGGGCUAAAUUAACUAGUCGUUUGCGCGGUUCCGUUGUGUCCAUUUUCUUAUUAUUCGUUUUCUUUCCUCGUUUCUUCCUCUUUUGAAAUCGAUGUUAGUUGUUUGUUAAAUUUCAUUUUCUUUUAAUCUCGCUCUGUUACACACGCAAAGAAAGUGUCGUGUCGUAGUAGCAGCCUUCAUUCUUCAAAGGCAUUCCACUUUGUUAAUAAAAAAAAAAAGAGAGAAAGAAGUUCGACUCGGCUUCUCUAGGGUUACCAAGGAGAACGAUCACCUUUUGGACGACGAGGAGGAAAGGUGAGCUCUCCUUCGAUGGCAAACUUGGAUGCUGUUAAACUCGUUUUUUUUUUUUCUUUUUUGUCUCUUGUUCUUUAGUGUACGUUUUAGUGUUAGCUAUUUUAGACUUAGACUCUUUUUUUUGUCAUUUCACUUUCUACUGUUUAAAGAAAAGGAAAAAAAAGUAGACAACAUUACCCCACCCUUUGACUUGGGUAUUGUUACCUCGCCUGGAUAGUACUCACAGCUGAUUAUCAAAUCCCUAUUUUGAAAUCCGUCGAAUCAGAGGAAUUAAUAACUUGUCUAUCAUAACUAAUAUGUAAAGUAAAAUUAUAAUUCAUCCUGUUUCGCCGUGGAUAUAAAGGGUUCUGUAUACUGUAUGUGUGUCCGUCCUUUUUAACAAUAUUUUUGUAACUGUUUUUCCUCAUGUUUUCUCUCAGACACAAACAGGCAGAUAAACAACUUUUUGCUAAGCACCGUUUCUUGUAAAUAUAGGAAGGGAAUUCAGGCGAAAAUAUUUUCAGUUAAGAAAAUAAAGACAUUCAUUUACACGUUUUUUUCUACACUCAGAUCGUGUAUUUUUGGAAUGUGUAUACAAUAGCAAUAAUUAGUGUUAUGGACUAGAUAUAUUUCCGUCAUCAGUGUCUGUAAAUAGUAUAAAGAACAUGUCAUCAUUAACAGAAACAUUUGGUCAGAUUAUUUUUAGCAAUAGUUAUACCAAAGUAUAUGGUAUUUGAUCAGUUACACUUGAUUACUAUGAUUCUUAUUAUCAUUAUUCAUAUCAUAAUCAUCAUCAUUAACAGUAUCAUUAACAACAUGAUUGUUAUUAUUAUUAUUAUUGUUAUUAUUAUUAUUACCAUCAUUAUUAUCAUUAUCAUUAUUAUUACUGUUACCAUUUUAUUGUUAUUUUAUUAUUAUCAUUAAUACUAUUACCAUUGGUUUAAUUUAUAUUUUCAUUAUAAAACAACAAUAAUACAAAAUAUAUUCAUUAUUUAUCGUUUUCUAUGUUGGGUAAUUUGCAAAAAUAUAUAUAUACAUAUAUACAGGAAGCGAAAUGAUAAUUCUAGUUAUCCAUCGCAUCAUUAAAUUUUAGUUUCAAAUAUAAUUAAUGAUUUUGCGUUACCAUUAAUAUUAUUUCCGAAAAUCUUGUUUGCACGUAAAGAUGUGGGUUUUCUUUCUUGUAUAUUAUUAAUUUGUGGAAAAUAAUAAUUCUAGAUUAUGAUUCUGUAUGUAUAGUUAUUCCUGUUAGUUUUAUUAUAUAGAUGUAAUUUUUAAAAGACAAGCGUGUGUUUUAUUUUGUAAGUUAAAAAAAGGUCAUUGGUGAGUGUCACAGUUAGUCAGUUUUAAUUGAUAUUGUGAUAUAGAAAGUAUUAGAAAAUGUUGGUUAUCUUUAAAACCCUGUCUUUUUAAGGAAAGAAAAUAUAUUCGAAAACCGUUUCCUGUGUGCUGUAUUUUGUGUCUAUAUGAUUAGCUUCUAAGAUUUUAUUUUCUUUUUUUUUAUGUAAAAAGUACAUAUAUAUAUAGGACGAUUUAUUUCAUUAUUUGCUGACUCGUGGUGCUAGUGUUAUUCCAAAACGGGGAGGGUUUCAUUUUUAAUUGAAUUUUGAAAUCACCAUUCUCCGAUUUUUUUUUUUAAGUAGGGAAAAAACAUUGAUUCAUCUUAUUUUACUUUUAAUUUCCUUGUUAAUAACUUAUGUUGAGUGGUAAAAAUUAGAUUUUUUUCUGCAAAUGCGCGGGAAAAUAUUUUUUAUGAAUUUAUGUAAAUAGACAGUUGAAACAUUAUUGUAAAUAGUUCUUUGCUUUUAUUUUGUGGAGCGAUGAUUGGCUGCAUUUAAAAUUCAAAUUCAACCAAUCACCUGUCUCGUUUAUUUUUGGCAGGCGAUAAUUGGCUGAGACGACAGGAAAUUCAAUCAAUCAGUCGCCUGUCCGUUAUUUGUAGUGGGCGAUGAUUGGCUGAAACAACAAGCAAUUCAACCAAUCAUCUUCCUUUUUAGUCACUGGAGGUGAUUGACAGCAUUUUCCGUGUGAAUGAUAUGCAUGAGUGUGAAUGAAUCCUUCUAUGUGAUUUUGUCAAUUUAUGUAGUUAAAAACGCUUUGUAAUUUGUCUUUUUGUAAUACUGAAUUUGUGCUGUGAGUUAAAAAAUCAUAAACAAAUUUCUUGGA